AGCGCGGCCGAGCCCGAGCCGAGCGCUGCCGAGCCGUCCCGGAGCGAGCCGAGCGCGGCCGAGCCCGCUCCCGAGCGCUGCCGAGCCGCCCCGGAGCGAGCCGAGCGCCGCCGAGCCCGCUCCCGAGCGCGCGGCGCUCCGCCGCGCUCCGCCGCGCUCCGCAGUGGCGGGGGGCGCGCGCGGCAGCGGCGGCGGCGGCGCGCGGGGCGCAGAGGCGGCAGCCAAGAUGGCGGCGCGGGUGGCGCAGGGGCCGGGAGCCCGCGGGCGCGCCUAGGCCGCGGCCCCCCCGGCGGGCGCCCCGCCGGCGCGGCCCCCCGGCCGGCAGGAUGCUGCCCUCGCAGGAGGCCUCCAAGCUCUACCAUGACAACUACAUGCGGAACUCGCGCGCCAUCGGCGUGCUCUGGGCCAUCUUCACCAUCUGCUUCGCCAUCAUCAACGUGGUGGUCUUCAUCCAGCCCUACUGGGUGGGCGACAGCGUCAACACGCCCAAGCCCGGCUACUUCGGGCUCUUCCACUACUGCGUGGGCAGCGGGCUGGCGGGCCGCGAGCUCUCGUGCCGCGGCUCCUUCACCGACUUCAGCACCAUCCCCUCGGGCGCCUUCCAGGCCGCCGCCUUCUUCGUGCUGCUCUCCAUGGUGCUGAUCCUGGGCUGCAUCACCUGCUUCGCGCUCUUCUUCUUCUGCAACACCGCCACCGUCUACAAGAUCUGCGCCUGGAUGCAGCUGCUCGCAGCUCUCUGCCUGGUGCUGGGCUGCAUGAUCUUCCCCGACGGCUGGGACGCCGAGACCAUCCGGGACAUGUGCGGGGAGAAGACGGGGAAAUACUCCCUGGGCGACUGCUCCGUGCGCUGGGCGUACAUCCUGGCCAUCAUCGGCAUCCUCAACGCCCUCAUCCUCUCCUUCCUGGCCUUCGUCCUCGGCAACCGGCAGAACGACCUGCUGCACGAGGAGCUCAAGACAGAGAGCAAAGAUUUUGUCGGCACUGCGCGGAUAUAGGGCCGAGCGGCUGCAGCAGGACCCUCGCCCCGCACCCGGCGGCAUGGGCGCCCCCUCCCCGUCCCACCCGGCGUCGGCUGCCAGCAGCCCCGCGGUCCCCCGCGCCGGUGCCCGCCACCGCGUCCACGUCCACGCCGGCACCGCCACCCCCUGCGUCCCGCCAGCUCCGCACCCCCUGCCGCCCGCCGGCCGCCCCGGGAGGACGCCCCCGACCCGCUUCGUCCGCGAACAGCAUCAAACUGCGGUUUCGUUUGGAGGAAAAAACAUUCUCAGAGUUUUUAACAGAUUUCUACAUCCCCCGGACUCCAGAGCCGCCGCCUCCCGCCCGCCGCCGCCCCAGCACCCUCCCCGCGCCCAUUUUGUACAGCUCCGUGAUCCUGUCUCCACGGCCGGGGCGCCCCGCGGCUGGGACGGGGCCAGCCUGUACUUUUACGUGUAAAUUCAUAUUCUCGAAACAGGGUAAAGUGACUCGAGCCCCCUCCCCGCUCUCCCCGCUGCCCGGGCAGUGCAGCCCCGGCACCCCGCACCGCUCAGUCCGGCUGCCCGCGGGGACCGGGAGCAGCUGAAAGCGCCGACCCCCGGCGGGACGGCCCCCGCCAGCCCCAGCCCCGCGCCGGCCGCUGCCAUCGCCUUCCCUCCCCGAACGGUGCUUUAUCUCCACUGGUGACAGCCAGGCUGCCGCGGCGCGGCCGCGAGGGCCCCAGCGUGCGGGUGCCGGGCCAGGCUGCGAGCUGGCCGCCGCGGCGCCCCGAGCAGCAGCCCUCGCAAUGCAAUAACGCCCUCGGCGCCACGCUGAGCCGGGGGGAGCCAGGGCCCGUGGGGUGCCGCGGGGAGCGGCGGCGGAUGGGGCUGCACGCGGGUUUCGCGGAGGGGCGCCGGGCUGGAGCGAUCCAAGAGGGACGAGGCUGCCGCUGGGAGCAGGAGGCUGGGCGGCUGGUGAUGGUGGCACGAGCCACUGCCCCAAGCGGGCGCCAACGCGGGCGGCGCGGGAUGGGAAACGCUGCUGGGAAAGGCAAUGAAGGGCUACGCAGGAGCCAUGACCCAGCCCGGCGAGCCGCUGCGGCCGGGGCGCCCGGCGGGCGGUAAGUCGUGCCCUGAGGGGCGGCGGGGGAAAGGGAGCCACGCUGAACCGCGCACCGAACUGCAAGCGGGGCGCCGAGCUUCGCCCGGGCCAACCUCGCUCCGGGCGCUCCCGCGCUGCAGACGCAGCCCCGGGCCUCCCCGUGCGGCUGGUGGCGGAGGCCCGGCCCCGUCGCGAGUGCCAUUAUUGAUCCAUCUGGAAAACAAAACAAAACAAAGCAAAAUCAGUGGAGAAAGGAAUACAGUAGCUGUAAUAUAUCUGUAUUUUAGUACAAAGUUUGAUACAGUGUUUCACAAAACCUUAUUGAAAAAUAUAAUUCAAACCAGAUCAGCUCUGA